GGUAACUAAUUUAAGUACGGUUUAAUUUGACACGCCGGCUUACACGCCGGCAAUUUACUAAACCAAUCAUUGUCGACAUAAGUUUGAUCUCUCUCUCUCAAAUCGUUUCUUCGCGAUCGGAUCUCAUCGGAAGAGACGCACAAUUCACGACGAGCGAUGGCUUCAGGUUUCAGCGGCGAUGAAACUGCUCCCUUCUUCGGAUUCCUCGGCGCCGCCGCCGCUCUCGUUUUCUCCUGCAUGGGAGCAGCGUACGGGACAGCAAAGAGCGGGGUCGGUGUGGCGUCGAUGGGUGUGAUGAGACCAGAGCUUGUAAUGAAAUCGAUUGUUCCGGUCGUUAUGGCUGGUGUGUUAGGUAUCUACGGUCUCAUCAUUGCUGUCAUCAUCAGUACUGGAAUCAACCCAAAGGCCAAGUCUUACUAUCUCUUCGACGGCUACGCUCAUCUCUCUUCCGGUCUCGCUUGUGGUCUCGCCGGUCUCUCCGCCGGUAUGGCUAUUGGCAUCGUCGGCGAUGCCGGUGUUAGAGCGAAUGCACAACAGCCAAAGCUGUUUGUGGGAAUGAUUCUGAUUCUCAUCUUUGCUGAAGCACUUGCGCUGUACGGUCUCAUUGUUGGUAUCAUCCUCUCUUCUCGUGCUGGUCAGUCUAGAGCCGAGUGAAGUCAUAAAGUCUUUUCGUUAUGUGCGAAACCCUUGUCAUGUUUUUUAUAUAUUUCACUUCUUUUUUUUGUGGCACUGUGAGUUUUUUGCUUUUCUCAUGAAAAAACAAGCAGACAUAUCAUUUGAAUUUGGUUCUAAAUAUUUUUUUUUAAUUUGCACACUGUAAGAAACACACCAAUAAGUAAUAAAUAUGAUGAUUCAGUGA